GACGUGCGUGAAGCACAGUCUUGUUAGCCUCCAGCUAGCCCCGCGGCUGGGGACUGAGUUUUCGUUGAUCUGGGCCUUGGGGAUCGAAUUGAGGUGGAAAUUCUCGCCGUUGCUGAAACUCCUCAACCUCGCGAAAAACAUUCCGAAUACAGAUGAGUAAGCAGGACCCGGCGAUUGGUGGCACAAGCGAGGCUGGUCGGAAUCUUCCGCCGUAAGUGCUGUCACCGACGUCAACGUCAAAGUAAAUUGCAUCGUCUCUGUCUUCACCUACGCGCCCAGCAUGGCCCCCUCCCGAGCACUGCAGCGCAGCGCUGCAUCCCUCCUCCGCACGAACCGAGCACCUCGCCUCCUUGCAGCAUGUCGGACACGAGCAGCCCAGCCUUCCCAGGCAUCUCCUCUUCUCGCAGUGCGCCCGCCGCCCCUGGCAUCAGCCCAUUCUGCAGCCUCCAGGAGACCGUACUCCCAAGAAGCUGCCAGCAGCAGCAGCAGCGCGGUCGAGCCGCCGGAUUACCUAUCCGAAGGGGAACUAGCAGUCUUCAACAAGAUUAAGGCCGAGUUCGACCCUGUCAAUCUGGAGGUGCAGGACAUUAGUGGCGGCUGCGGAUCUAUGUAUGCGCUGGAUAUCGAGUCGGCGCGCUUCAAGGGCUUGACCGUCAUCAAGCAGCACAAGCUUGUCAACCAGGUGCUGGCGGACGAGAUCAAGAGCUGGCAUGGUGUGCAAUUAAAGACGCGGCCGACUUCAUAAUAAAACCUGUGCGGUGGGAUUUGGGCUGAGUUGCGUGACGGUGAGCGCCAGUGCGUGUGUCGCACUGGGGACAGGGCCGGACAGCAGUGCGCUCAUUUUGGUGUGGCUUCUGCCGGGGAGAGGGAUUUGGAGGGUGCUGGGAUAAUCGAAGAUGGUGGAUUCGAUUAUCCCUUUCUUAAUGACCUAGAAUAUGGGAGGUACGGGAAUGGUGGAGGUUGC